AAACUAACUUUUAUUGCACAAUGUUUACUUUUCGCCGGCGACCGCGACAAAACUAUGGGCUCUACUUGUUGGCCGUUCAACUCUUCAGUGCACGCUACAUUCCGCCGACCACUCUAAGUGCCAUAUUGCUACAAAUUGCGAUAUUCCUUGAAGCAAUGUGUCUUCUGCCAUCUCGUGUGCUGUAUCGUUCGGAAUGGUUACGAAUGCUUGCA